UGCAGCUGUCGUCACAGCAGGAUGACUCGUUUAUUUUGCGACAGGACGUUCAAGCACCGGCUCGCCGUCGCUCCCUCAUCUUCGCUAGCAAGAGCUUGUUGUUCGUCGUGGAGGGAAAAAAAUAAAACACAUCUAAUGUGCUAAAGUCAGCUGUUUAUUAAUGAUGUAAUGCAGUCAUUCAGACGUCUGAGAAUCAAGCAGCGGUAGUCUUCUUUUGUUGUGGAGGAAGACGUCGAAGUGUUGCACGUAAGCUUCUGCACGACCACACUAGUGCCUAGAGCAGAAUUUGCAUGAAUGAAAGAACCUUAUUGCAUUUGCGGGAAAUCACAGCAGACAGACACCAGCUGCAGCUUCCUCUCCCUCCUGGGCUUCUCCUCUAAGAGCCAGUCUGAGCUCUUGAACCAAAUGAAGCUGAGUGCCUCCCCAGUAGCAGCUCUAACAGAGGACCCCACCUGUAUCCUGGACUCCUGUGCACCGUGCUGGGCUCCAGUAGCCCACCCAUGCCUGUGAUCCCCAUCCCACGGCGGGUGCGCAGCUUCCAUGGCCCCCACACCACCUGCAUGCACUCGGCCUGUGGGUCGACGCACACUUCCAAGCUAGUACGCACCAAGUACAAUAACUUUGACCUCUACUUGCGCUCGCGCUGCAUGUACAGCUUCCUCCGCUUCCUCCUCUACUUUGGCUGCAGUCUGCUGACCUCUCUGCUGUGGGUGUCGCUCUCUGCUCUCUUCUUCCUGCAGUACAUCAGCGUGCGCGUCCUCCUGCGGCUGCAGUACAAGCUGUCUGUCAUUCUGCUUUUGUUGGGGCACCGGCGCCUGGACUUUGGUGUGCUUAAUGACCUGAUCAUCUACAGCAUGCAGAUCACCAUGUUUCUGGUGGGGGGACUCGGCUGGUGCUUCAUGGUGUUUGUGGACAUGUAGCUGCUUUAUGAGCAACAUGAUAAAUGUAGUGUAUGAUGUGGAUGCCUCAUACUGUAACUUCAGCUUCGCGUGGUGUUGCAGAACCACACACAUCUGUCGCAUAUCCUGUAGGACUGCUCUGUCACUCAGCUCUAGUCAAAAAGACCCUUUUGACGCCAUUUCAUCAGGUCUUAUUGGUUCAGUUUCAGAUGUGAUGAAAUCCAGUAAGAAUCUGUGUAACAUCUAUGUGAUCUUUAAACCACUGUGUGUGGCUUAAAGAUCUAAAUGUGCACUCCUUUAAAAAUGUUAGUCCUGUAUAAGUCCGAGAACCACAUGGUUGCAGAAUAUAAAAAUGAUGCAUGAAGUCAGUCUGAACAUGAAGGUCAGACGUGAGUCAUGAAGGGACCAAUGGGAUCAAAGUCUCUUAUAUUUGUACUGUCUUUCAUGUUGUUUGUAAGCCGCAAAUUGUAAGGGGCAUCUUGUCUUGAAACUCAUUUGUUUACAGUAAUGGGAAAUGUGAAUGUUGCACGGAAAAGUGACAUAUGACUGAUGUGCAUCGUGACUGUGUGAUGCAAGACAGUCAUUUGUGCCAAAAUAACUCUAGUUGGGCUCCAAAGGCAAACCAUGAUACUAUGGUUACGAUUGUUCAGAUCGUGUUGUGUGCAAACACAAUGUCAUGUAAAUAUAUACAGUGGAAAUGAAGAUGAUAUACAGCAGGUUAUGGUGGGUUAAGUGACCAAAAUAGGAGAACUUGUCAACAGCAGUGUGAAUAAUGUUGUUUUUCGUGGAAACGGUGGGUCAGAAGAGGGGAAAGGGAUUGCUUAGUCCCCGAGUGACAAACAUCCACAGUUUUUUGUAAAGUUAUUUAAUAAAUUUUUGCCUCAUGAAA